UUCAGUCGAUCGACGAUCGUGGCUGUGACAAGUUGCAUUCUUAAUUUAUAAGGAAAUCUAAGAAGUUAAAAUGCAGCUACUGCUACCUGUAUUUUUGCUCACCUUCUGUGCCCUCAAAUCGGAAGCCGCCCAGAUUCUUGGCCUGUUCCAGCAUCCCGGCAAAAGUCACUUUGACUUCUUUAGGCCCAUGUUCUUGGCCUUGGCCGAAAGGGGUCACAACAUCAGCAUGUAUAGCUAUUUUCCGCUGGAAAAACCGGUGGCCAACUAUACGGAUUAUGUGUUCCAGGGAAUGCCCCUGCUCACAGACAUGGUGGACUUAAAGGUCUUUGAAACGGAAUGGAAGCCUUUGGGACUACCCUUCAAGAUACCCACCUUUUUUAUGAUCAACGAUUGGGCCUUGAAGUCCUGUGAGGUGGCCUUUAAAUCCCCUUUGAUUGUCCAAAUCCUGGAGUCUCCAAUCCGCUACGAUGUCAUUAUCCUCGAACAUUUUGUCAACGAUUGCAUGGCGGCUUUGGCUCACCUUCUAAAAGCACCUGUGAUCGCUUUGAGUAGCUGUGCCAUUAUGCCCUGGCAUUACGAGAAAAUGGGCAGUCCAGUGAUUAACCCCAUAAUGCCUAUGAACUUUCUGCCCUACACAGAUGAAAUGAGUCUGAUUGAUCGGUUGAAUAACUUCUUCCACUUUCAUGUUGUGAAUACGCUUUAUCAUUUGAUUACGGAACCAGCCACAGAUGCCCUGAUCAGUCGGAGAUUUGGAGAGGGACUGCCGCCUAUACAUGAGAUCGUGAAGAAUACAAGUCUGAUGCUGAUCAAUCAGCAUUAUGCGCUGACGGGACCAAGACCUUAUUCUCCGAAUGUGGUGGAGGUGGGAGGUCUGCAGGUGGGACCGGAAAAGGCACUGCCUAAGCACCUUUUAGACCUCUUAGAAAGCUCUCCCAAUGGCAUCAUCUACAUCAGCUGGGGCUCCAUGGUCAAUACCAACACCCUCCCUGCUUUGAAAAGAAAAGCGCUUUUCCAAAGCAUUUCCCAGCUAAAGGAAUACAACUUUGUAAUGCGCUGGAAAACUGAUAAUAAUUCCUCUCAACUAGAAGAUAAACCCAGCAAUCUGUACACCUUUGACUGGCUGCCCCAGCGAGAUUUGUUGUGUCAUAGCCAGGUCAAGGCCUUCAUCUCCCAUGGAGGACUCUUGGGUACCACGGAGGCAGUACAUUGUGGUGUUCCCAUGCUCAUAACGCCCUUCUAUGGAGAUCAGUUCCUCAAUGCAGGUGCCGUAGAGCAGCGAAGCUUUGGGGUAAUAGUGGAUUUCAAAGACUUUGAUACAGAACACAUAACCAGAGGACUGAGAGUAAUACUCGACAAAAACUUUGCAGAUAAUGUUCGCCGUUCUACAGAGGCCUUUCGUCGGCGUCCCUUGCCUCCCUUGGACUUGGCCGUCUGGUGGAUCGAGCAUGUAAUCCAAUCUGGCGGCGCUCCCCUUGUCCAGAGCCGAGGCAGGCAUAUUAAUUGGAUCGCCUACAAUUCGAUCGAUGUGUUCCUGCUCUGGCUGGGAGUUCUAUUGCUGUUUAUAGUCUGUCUUUGGAAACUGAUCAGGUUGGUCGGAAGAGUAGCUUUUAGUGGUAAAAGCAAAAAGCAAAAGCAGCAAAAAGCGAGUGAGAGCCGAGGGAAAACAGGAUUUUUAAAUCCAGAAAGUGUGGAUUCGAUGCGGAUGCAUUUUGUAUCUUUCGUGUAUCUCAAAAUGUGGUCACCGCUGGUUCCUGUCUUUCUGUUAAUCCUCACCCUAGCCGGCUCCGAUCUGCUGGAGGUGGAGGCCGGUGCUCCUCUAAAGAUCUUGGGUCUCUUUCCUCAUCCUGGAGUGAGCCACUUUCACUUCUUCCAUCCCAUCAUGCGGGGUCUGGCGGAGGCAGGUCAUGAAGUCAGUGUGGUUUCCCAUUUCCCGGACAAACAUCCGGCCAUUCGCUAUAAGGAUUACCCCCUGACCGGCACGGAUAAGCUAACGAAUAGUGUGGAUUUGAAGUUCUUCGAAAAACGCACCUUCUACGGCCACUUCAUGGAGUUCUUUCUGUUGCACGAGUGGGGCAAACAGGCCUGCAACUCCACGCUGCGCUCAGAGGCACUGCAGCAAAUCCUUAAGCGUCGUCCUGGCUACUUUGAUGUCAUCAUCAUGGAGCAGUUCAAUACGGAUUGCAUGAUGGGCGUGGCCCAUCAACUGCAGGCACCCGUGAUAGGCUUGAGUAGCUGUGUGAUGAUGCCCUGGCACUACGAAAGGAUGGGUGCUCCUUUGAUACCUUCACAUGUGCCGGCGCUGUUUAUGGCUCAGUCACAGGACAUGGACUUUGGGGGGCGGUUGGCCAAUUGGUUUAGUACACAUGCUCUUAAUUGGAUGUACAAAUUAAUCUCCGUCCCCGCAGCGGAUGCCUUGGUUCAGUACAAAUUCGGCCACGACCUGCCCUCCGUGGGCGAGAUGGUCAAGAAUACCUCCGUGUUCUUUGUAAACCAACACUAUUCCCUGAGUGGACCCAAGCCCAUGCCCCCGAAUGUCAUCGAACUUGGAGGCAUUCACAUCCAGAAAUCAAAGCCUUUGCCUGCUGACCUGCAGCGUCUCCUGGACAAUGCCGAGGAGGGUGUGAUUCUCAUCAGUUGGGGCUCCAUGAUCAGAGCCAACUCCCUGUCAGCCUCUAAGCGGGAUGGCAUAGUCCGAGCUGUGGCCCGUCUAAAGCAGCAGGUCAUCUGGAAGUGGGAGAACGAGACGCUGCCCAAUCAGCCGCCCAAUAUGCACAUCAUGAAGUGGCUGCCCCAGCGGGAUAUCCUCUGUCAUCCGAAUGUCAAGGUGUUCAUGUCGCACGGUGGUCUCAUGGGCACUUCGGAGGCGGCUUACUGUGGUGUUCCUGUGGUGGCCACACCCAUGUAUGGAGAUCAGUUUGUCAACACCGCCGCCUUGGUUCAAAGGGGAAUGGGAACCAUCUUGAACUUUGAGGAUAUUGGCGAGAAUACAGUGAUGAGGGCCCUCAAGAAAGCCUUGGAUAAGAAGUACUACGAUGCCGCCAAAUUGGUUUCCCAUUCGUACAAUCACCGACCUCAGCAGGCUUUGCAAACGGCCUUGUGGUGGGUGGAGCAUGUGGCUCACACUGGCGGAGCACCCCUACUGAAACCCAGUGCCGUCCACUUGUCCCGAUUUGUGUACUACUCUUUAGAUUGCUAUGCAAUCCUGGCUGUUACUCUGGGCACCAUCAUUGCCAGUUGGGUGUGGCUCAUCCGACGCUGCUGCGGCUCAGCAGCCACCGGAAAGACAAAGAGGGAUUGAGGAGGAUGAAGCCUGUUCCUAAUCUCAGUUCGUAGUGUCUGUGGUGUAUGUGAUAUUUUAUAUAUGUUGUGUAUGUAAGAGACUUUUAGGUGUAAAGGACCUCCACCUCCGAACAGGGACUUGUAGAUUUUAGUGCCGCCAAAAUUAAAUAUGUAUAUUAUGUUAAAUCCUGUAUGUAAAUUAUAGUUUUAAUUUUUCUAAAAUUGUUUGUGGGAGAAAUAGAAAUUUAUGUUUCUAAAAA